AAAAACCUUUUUGUUUUGAUCAUUUACACUUCUGGGGGUCGGGAAAAAUCAGCAUACUUCUAUACAAGAUGCAAGUAAGGGAGAUUUUAAUCGGAUUUAAUACCCUGUCCGCCUGUUAGGAUAUUUUAGUUUAUGUUCUCUAUAUUUAAAGGCUUUUUUAACACGGUGAAGCGAAGAUAUAACAGGGGUCUUUUAAAUCAAAACUCGUUUAUAAUAUUGUUUUAAAGAGCUAGGGUUAUGACCGAAUGUUUAUACACAAUCUAUGAUCUCAUCAUCAUGUACUCGUCUUAGUGAAUAUUUCUAAGGGGUUUCUCGCUUUUUUCGAAAGCAAAUCCUCACUAGUAGUCAAUGAACCGCGAGAGCAUGGUAAAAGGCGAUUAAAAACGCAAGAACGCUCGGAAAAAAGUUGUCGGUUUUUGUUCUAGUUUCGCGGGAGUUCAAGGUCUCUAUUGAAUGGUAUAAUUUUUUGGUUUGUCAGAAUGUUAAUGGCCUUAGAGGAUUAAAAUAGCCUUAAGGAAUAAAUAUAGCUAAGCCAGGCUUGGUCUGAGUCAAAACAUAAUAAAAUCUUUCUAUGAAUGAAAGAUUUGGGGGAGAUUGUGCCCAGGAGACCAAUUGAUUAGCGUGAACGUUUUAGUAAUUAUAUUCCUUACACUGAUAAGGAAAUGAUUGGCAAAGGGAAAGUGCAUCAUCAAUAAAAGUACUGUUCUGUUUUUUUUAAAGGUAUGGAUACAAGCGAUAGGUCAAGAGAAGGUCAUAUUCAGCUACAAAUUGAAUAUGGUUCGCAGCAUGGUCAAGUGCAAGUUAAUGUCAUAGAGAUAAAUAGUCUUAUUUUACCAGCAGUUAAACGACUCGGGAUCUCGCAUGUGUAUGUUAAAAGUCACCUCCUGAAUGAGAAAGCGAAAGAACUGCUUAAAACGAAAAGUUCUAUCAAAGGUUACUUCCUACCAGAUUCAUCAAAAGAAACUAAAAGGAAGACCGAAGAGGUCAAAUUGACACUCUCCUGUCAGGACUCAUCUCAUGGGUUUGAAAAAGUGGAUGAAACAUCUCGAAAAAAUAAGAUACGAAAAGCACUACAAAAACAAAGAGAACGGUUUAGAUUGAGGCGAAACUCUGAUAAAGUUAAAACAGUGGUCAACACAGCAAAUGAUGAUGAUGAUGGUCGAGCCACCCUAUCCUUUGAAAGACCAUUGCAUUACCCAUCAGUUUCCCUCUACCAACUGCAGACGCAAUGUCUCCACCUCACAGUCUGUGGUCGGAAUGUGACGACCACACGAAGUUACCCCAUAGCAACAACAUGCAUACCACUGAUGAUUGCAAUCAAGCAGCACCAACCAACCUGGUAUCAGUUGUCGUAUAAUCCUGAUUUAAACAAUGGAAAACAAGAAUCCAGCACAACCGUACAAGAAACGUGGGACAAAAAUGAAGGUGGUACCUACACCGGCAGAAGCCUAGCAUGGAACCGAGGCGAGACGAAAGACUCGGGUUCAGAAAACUGGCUGUAUAAGCGUAAAGACUACAGCAGACAUUUGCUUCCUGCUAAGCAGAGAAGACAGCCGGCUACAAAAUCAUCGCUGCACACCAAUAUUUCGGGUCAGGAUAAAUUCCUAAGGCCGUCCAGGCACGGUGAAUUCAAGCAAUCGGAUUCCGGAGUAGGUUUAGACAGACUUGGUCGCCAGGAGAGCAUCGAGGAAUUGUAUUUUGAUGACGCAACACAACAGGAACAAUUUGGUUCGCGAAAUUUACGACCGCUUCAAAAGCAAUGGAAAUCAGAAUUCGUAAUUUGCGGUUCGACUUUGGACACAAAACGAACAAGUAAUGGCGCGAAUUUAGAUUUGAGUUCAUUAUCAUUGAAUGGAUCUUUGAAUCGCAAACCUUACGGUGAAUCUAUUCGCGGAUUUUGAAUGUAAUUUUAUAAAUGGGUUUAUUUAAAAAAAAUAAACGUAGUAUAUAUAGUCAAUUUUCAGUAACAUCUCGCUCUUGGCUUGACAUUAAAUUUCUGAGGGUGUAGUUCAAACCUGCAUGUGGUAAUGAUUAGAAAAUUGCCAGAUUGCAUUCUCAUUAUUAACUCUGAAAGAUCUACUGCAUGUUGUUAGCUGGUACCAAUGGUGCUUGGUGUAUUUUAAAAAACUAAUAAAAUCUGCCGAUGUUAUGUAGAAUUUUUAAUACUAAAGGCAUAUCCUUUCCUGAAACGCGGUGAACCAAUUUUUUAACAACGUAAAGCUAGUUUAUAUC